AUGGCUAGGCCGAGCAGGUACGAACGCUCGACAGGAGCAGCACAGACGAAUGGACAGAGCCUCUCAGCGUCCUCCUUGCUAGCCUGGCUCGCAGUCUACGUCGGCGUGCUAUGCUACGUCGCUCAGAAGCUACAUUAUGCCUUACCGACGCCCAAUCAAGCCCUUGUCAGCCCCGUCACGGGACACUCGCAAUUUUCAGAGGCACGAGCAUUGGACGUCAUCAAGUAUCUCAGCGAGGACGUAGGCUAUCGGAUCGUUGGCACGAAGCAGAUGGUCGAGGCUGUCGACUAUCUGCUUGAGCAAGUCAGGGACCUCCAGCGCCAGCUAGCGGCAUCACCGUUGGCAGGCAUGCAUCAAAUCGAAGUAUGGCACCAAAAGGAUGACGGCGCGCAUCUAUUCGACUUCAUGAACAAAAAGGUCUGGAAGAAGUACUAUCAGCUCGACAAUGUCAUCGUCAGACUCUCUGACGGUACAGAGGAAAGCAAACGUAACGCCAUCCUAGUCAACUCGCACCUUGAUUCGACGCUGCCAAGUCCAGGAGCGGCAGAUGAUGGUGCUGGCGUUGGCGUCAUGCUGGAGACCCUUCGAGUGAUGAGCUCCACUGACCGGCGUCUAUACAACUCGAUCGUUUUCUUGUUCAACGGCGCAGAAGAGAGUCUGCAGGACGCUUCGCAUCUUUUCAUCACCAAGCAUCCGCUGCGCCAUUCUAUACGCGCUGUCAUCAAUCUCGAAGCAUGCGGCGUGGCGGGGCCAGAGAUCCUCUUUCAGGCAACCUCUACAAAGAUGGUGCAAGCCUAUUCUCAUGUGCCGUAUCCUUACGCGACUGUCAUUGCUAGCGAGAUAUUCAGCAGCGGUAUCAUCCUGUCCGACACCGACUUUCGACAAUUCGAAACCUACGGCAACCUCACAGGAUUGGAUAUGGCCCUUGUGCAAGACUCGUACAAGUAUCAUACACGGCUGGACGUCGUCGAAUAUAUCGAGCCGGGUGCUCUCCAGCAUAUGGGCGAGAACACGAUAGCAAUGCUCAACUGGCUGACCUCGCAAGAUGUCGACAUCUCAGACAUCACACAUUCGAAAGACUCGGUCUUCUUCUCUGCGCUGGGCGGCAAGGUAUUUGUGCUUUUCAGCAAAGACCAAGCCGCAGUAGGAUACAGCAUGCUCGCUGCACUUGCCGUCGUCACUAUGAGCGCCAAAGUGAGAUGGCAGCAAAAGGCUGCUUAUGCUCUCAUGACCGCGAGUAUACCCAUCAGCCUGCUCUCCGGCAUCGUUGCUGCCAACGUGGUGGCGGUCAUUCAAGGAAACUUGCUCGGACGUGCUCUCAGCUGGUUCAGACACGAGCACUUGUGCAUCUAUCUCUUCAGCUUUCCUGCCUUACUUGGCGUGACCCUCGUGCAGCACUUCACGCGCCGGCUAGCAAUCAGGCGAGGCUAUGUCACGCAUGGCGACGGAACGCUUGAGCACGCCGCGCUCGUCGGUACCGUCACCUACUAUACCGUAGCAGCUCUUAUCGGACAUUCGGCCGGCAUACUGUCUGCAUACCUCUUCGCACUGAGUGCGGCCUGGGCGCUACUCGUGGUAGUACUCAACGACUAUCUGCUCGCACCGGCUAGCAAGCAGGGCAGCAGGGUCGCGAACAGCGCCUACUUCCUCGGCCAGCUACUGCCGGCAAUCGUCGGUACAGAAGGACUCAUUGGCUUUCUCGACCUUUUCGUGCCUCUCACAGGCCGCGUAGGCGCUGAUGCGCCGGUCGACAACAUUAUCGCUACCAUCACAAGUGCUGUUGGUAUCAUGUGCUUUCCAAUGCUGAUCCCACUCAUGCAUCGCUUCGGUGGCGGCUUUAUAAAGCGAUUGUGGCUCUUUGCUAUCAUGGCUACUGUCACUGUCAUCAUCGUCUUCAGUCAGCCUGGUUGGGUCGUUUUCACGCCUGGCCAUCCGAAGCGCAUAUUUGUGCUUCAUAUGGAGAACACCACGACCUCACCUCCCGCAUUUGCACUUCAUACCGCAAGCGCAGAUCGAGCUCCGUUCUUCAAGGAGCUCGUCGAAGAGGCUGCCCGGGCUGUCGACAUCAAAGGCGCCACGCCCGUCAUGACCGAUAUCAACGACUAUGUCGCUUCUUGGGAUGUUACCUAUCCCGUCUCGCAGUUUCUGCUGAGCUACGAGGUGCCUCUACCGCCUGCACCUGCAUCAUAUCAUUCACCAUGGGCAGAAACCUUCAAGAUCUAUGCCAAAGACUCCCGGCUCAAUGCAGUAAAGCAGCAGCGAAGUCUGACCAUCGUUAUCGAUCAUCCAGGUAUCAUCUGGUCCGUGAUUGCGUUUGACGGCGAUGUAGUGGCAUGGGACUUACCUUCGCCUGCCGAACGUGGCCAUGUGCGCCAUCACGUCAAAGAAGCUUCUUCUUAUGGCAAUGACAAAUGGACGCUCGAUCUUACGCUACAGCUAGAUCAGCCAGCCUUUGAGGCUGCCCAAAGACAAAGCCAGCGCCUCAAGGGACAGCGAGGUGACGUCAGCGAGGCAGACGAGGCGCUCGCCAGCUUGCGCAUCGAUUUCAGUGGACUUGACGAGCAAGGCAUGCAUCCCGCAACAAGUCAAAAUAGCGCAGAGAAGCCAGGCGUCGCUUUCUUCCAUCAGCUUGACGCAGCAUUGCCAGCAAACGUUGAUGCUAUGCUUCUGACCGCUGUUGGCGGAGUUGUACGCAUAUGA